AUGGAGGGUGGGGGCGUCGCCGGUCUGGCGGCGAUGCGAUCGAAGAUGGCGGGGCGAGGGCGAGGAAUCGACCCGACGCGGCCGCUGCAGCGCAUGGAAGAGGGCGGCGCGGGGAGGGGGCUAGGGGGGUUGAAGAAGAGCUCGUCCGGGGGAGGCGGCGGGAGCACCGGGACGCUGUUAGAGUCCGUCCGGUACCUCGAACAGGGCGGGAAGCUGUCGAGUAGUUGA